AUGGCCAAAAGACUAUCGCCUACGGGCUUCACAAAGGCCGUUGUCCGGUCGUUUAUGAAAGAGUCUGGCCUUGAGCCGAGGCUUUUAGGGGAGAAUCGCUUCCGAGUGUUGAGUGCAAGCAAUGGCAGAGUAGAUUUCGAGUUAGACCUUCACAGAGAUCACACAAACCGUCUUCAGUCGCUUCACGGUGGCACUCUGGCCAGUCUGGUGGAUUUGGGAGGCUCAUUAGCCGUAGCCUCCACCGGCCGUUUCGCGACUGGCGUCUCUACAGAUCUCAACGUGACGUAUCUGAGCCCUGGUGGACGGGCCGGCGACCUGCUCAAGGGCACCGCUACCUGCGACAAGAUCGGGAAAACGCUAGCCUACACUACCGUUACGUUCACGAAUAGCAAGGGACAACUUGCAGCCAGGGGCAGCCACACAAAGUACGUAGCUGGCACGCAGGGAGAAGCAGGGCCGUACGUUGCGCCGGAAGAGUUCAGCAAGGACCUGGAAUAG